AUGAAAUUAGUAAAUGAGGGUGGGAUGAGAAUUACAGGAUUUGGGGUUGUUGUUAGAGAUUCAAAUUGUCAGGUGUUAGGUGCUCUCACUGGAGGUAUUGGAGUUGCUUCUAAUUAUCUUGCAGAAUCUUAUGGUGUUAUGUGUGCAUUGGAGCUGGCUGUUCAAUGGGAUAUGCUGAAGAUUAUUGUUGUAUCAGAUUCCAAAACUGUUCUGGCAGAAUUUGCUCAGGGGAAAGUUCCAUGGUUUCUUAAGGGAAGAUGGAGUAUUGCUACAAGGAAGCUAAAUCUAAUAAGGUAUCAACAUUGUUACAGGGAAGUCAAUUUUUCUGCAGAUAAUAUGGCAAAGAAAGGAGCAUCUUUCGCAGCUGGUGUUAGACAAAUUCAUCUUGGAAGACCUCAGUGUUUACCAAGAGUUGAAAUGCCAAUGUUUGAGUAUUAUAGAUUUGGAUGA